AAAGGUGGAUUUGGAGUUGGAGAGACCGUAAACCCCACGCGGAGGAGAUGGAGACCAAGAUCUUGUGACGACUUCUCUUCUCGCGAGAAGUCGACCCUCAAAGUCUUGUGUUGGAAUGGAAGUAAAGGGCCUACGCAUGUGAUGAUGAAACAAGUGCUGAUUGAUUGAGAGGAGGUUCAAAGUGUGGAUUUUGAGGAAGAGGGGAAGGGGUUCAUUAUGGGAGAUUCAACGGAGAUGACUAUUGAGUUUCUUCGUGCCAGAUUGCUCUCUGAGAGAUCCAUUUCCAGGACUGCGAGACAGAGAGCUGAUCAAUUGGCCAAAAGGGUUAUGGAGUUAGAGGAACAGCUGAGAGCUGUGACCAUCCAGAGGAAAAAAGCUGAAAAGGCAGCUGUUGAGGUUCUUGCCAUACUGGAAUCUCAAGGUGCUGAUGGCUUCUCGGAGGUCAUUGAUUCAAGCUCUGAGCAUGCUGAUGAGGAUUGUGAUGAACGGAAAGAGAACGGUUAUGCUCAUAAUGGUAAAAGGGAUGAGAACUCUAUAGUAUUGAAGACAAAGACAAGUGAGGAGGUGGAUGGAUUGUCAGGUUCAGAGGUUGAAGUUUCUGCUGCCUCAAAAGGUCAGAGCUUGUCAUGGAAAAGCCAUAGUAAUAGUCCCAAUUCUCGCCAGAAGUUGAGGCUUAAACAAUUUAAGCAAAGACAGAGACGGCCUAGUUUGCUGUCUAACAGGGAGUCCCUCCCAAAGUAUCAGCUGGGCAAGUCGUGCCGGAGGAUCAAACCAAAGGAGAUGGGAUCACCAGCAGACAAUGAGUCUGGCAAGAGUGUUCUUGAUGCCGAAGAACAGAGUGUGUCUACAUUGUCUAGUAAUCAUUUUGAUGACCAACCCGAUGAAAAUGGGGAGGCUUCAAGAGAUGAGAUUGUUCAAGGCCCUCCUCCUCAUGAUGAAAAUAACAGAACUAUUGAUGUUGUUUCUGUAAAUGAUCAUGAUGAAGAUGAAGAAAUGAAGAGAGUUCUACAACAGCAGGAACAGCUGAUUGAUCAGUUCCAAGCAGAGGAAAAUGCUCAGAGAGAAUGGGAAGAGAAGUAUAAUGAGAACAAAAGCUCCAUGCUGAGCGUUUAUGAAGUCAAGAACCAGCUUACUGCAGUUCAAACUGGGAGUAAUCAGGGGCAAAACACCUAUCUUCCCGACUUGAAUUCAGACUUUCAAAAAGCAGAAAAAUUGAGUGAUCGGCAAUUUUCAAGUAGUGGACGACCAAUUGCUCAGAUUCCUAAUCAAACCAUGCCUAAUGACCAGAAACCACAAGGUAUUAUUCCUGAAAAUAAUGAUAGUAACCAUCGGGUACUUGCCCCAAGGCAUUCAGAUGGCUUUGGUCCUAAUGGCCUGACAGCAAAUCCCCCUGGGCGUAUUUUCACUGAUGGUGGGCUUGGCAAGCCAUUAAAGCACCAUGACAUGCUGGUGGGCAGGGAUGGAACAAACAUGCAAGAAUUUGCUUUCCCAACCGAAGUGAGUUUUGAUGCCAUAACUGGGAAACAGGAUCAGGCAUUGUAUUUUGAUAGAUCAGACUCUAGUUCACACAGCAAUCAAAAUUUGAACCCAGAUACUCGGAGAUUUUUUGAAAGCACAUCUAGUUGGAGCCAAUCAUCUGAUCAUUCUGCUGCCAAAUUAACUCCAUGGGGAUCUUCAGAAAUUCAAAGGAGGUUACCUCAAACAGCACUUAACAAUUUAGGCGGUGUAUUGAAUGCCCUUCAGAUUGCUAAGACAUCGCUAAAGCAACAGCUGAAUGCAUCUCCUUCUCCAAGCGGAGGCACAUUAGCAAUAGCUGCACCAACCUACUCUCGGGUUCAGGCAGAAACUUCGGACAUCCCAAAUGGGGCCACGGCGCUUUUUAGGUUGCCGACAGAUUCAUUUCCACAAGAUAACAUACCUAGGCAAAAAUUCUAUGAUUCACCAUUACGCUUGCCAUCCAGUUAUGCUGACAUCAAGCAUGCGCCCAGUGCCAAUGGUUACCGUUCCCGGAGCUCCUCAUACAUCGAAACAGAACCUAGAGUUUCAGUCGGGACGCAGUUAUAUGAUCCUUACUUAACUUCCAGCACAAUAUAUUCUAAUUCCAGUCAGUAUUCUCUUCCUUUCUCAGACUCCUCGAGAGAGGGGUCGCCCUUUCAGAACGGAGUUUCAAGACCUUAUCUGGAAACAAGGAAUCAGAUGUCAAGGAGAGACCCUUAUGUGUACCAUGCUCAGACUGCUCGGUCUGAUUCAAAGAGGCUGUAGGCUUUAGCAGUGCCUUAAGAGUCCAAUCUUCGUUGAGUGAGAUUUUCUUUGCUUUGCUUAAUUUUGUAUAUCAAGUAUUAAUUUGUCAUGAGAUGGUUCAAUAAUGAUUGAAAGUGAUUAUGCUUUAGCGCGCUC